GGGGCGCGGAGCGGAGCCGCAGCGGGACCAUGUCGGCCAAGGACGAGCGGGCCAAGGAGAUUCUGAGGGGAUUCAAGCUAAAUUGGAUGAACCUUCGGGAUGCAGAGACGGGGAAAAUCCUCUGGCAAGGAACAGAAGAUCUGUCUGUUCCUGGAGUGGAGCAUGAAGCUCGAGUUCCUAAGAAAAUCCUGAAAUGCAAAGCCGUCUCUCGGGAGCUAAACUUCUCCUCAGCAGAACAAAUGGAAAAAUUCCGACUGGAACAGAAAGUUUAUUUCAAAGGGCAGUGUCUAGAAGAAUGGUUCUUUGAAUUCGGCUUUGUGAUCCCUAACUCCACAAACACUUGGCAGUCCUUGAUAGAGGCAGCGCCAGAAUCACAGAUGAUGCCAGCUAAUGUUUUAACUGGUAACGUUAUUAUAGAAACCAAGUUCUUCGAUGAUGACCUCCUUGUAAGCACUUCCAGAGUGAGACUUUUCUACGUUUGAGAUAAGGGGGCUUUUGGGGGCUGUUUUUAGUUUUCCUCCGUACAGUUCUUGGUGCAGAACCCCUUGCCUAUCCAGUGGAAGACACUUCCUGUAGGUGUGAAUCUGGGGACCAGCUCACCGGGGGUUGUGACGUUUGCCCAUCAGUUAUUUGGUUUUCCCCUCCGACCAAACCCAACCCUGAGAGACGCAACCAUCAGCUCAGUGAUGGGGGGAAAUAAAGACUCUGUAAAAAUGGGCAAAAAAUGGUUGUGCAGAACCAACACUGUAAAUUAUGUUAGUUUCAUCCUUUGUACUUCUCUGGAUCUUGGUACGUAAUCACUCAUUUCCACUUGCACCUUCUCUCAGCACUUUGUUUUGGAUUAAGUUAACCUUUUCCUUUCCCAUGGUUAGUUUUUAUGCUUUCUCUGGAUUUCUGUGUAGUGGUCUAUACAUUCUCAUACCCUAAACUUGUAAAAUAUUCUGAUAUUACAUAAUGUAAUUAAAGCAAAUUUCUGAAUUAAAACAUUCGUACCGUCCAA